AUGGUGCAGAUCUCUUCAGCACAGAGAGUAUUGUUCCUGAUAGCUGUCUCCUUGGUCUUGAUCGUCUCUUGCCGAGCAAACUGCUUCGACUAUAAACUAAAACACUUCUCCCAAGCUGAACUUCGGAAGAAGUCAAACAUUGAAUUGAGACAUCUGGCAAACAAAAGGCAUAUCUCGCAGGCGGAGGAUCCGGCAGUGUCAGCCAUUUCAGCUCUACACAUGUCCGAACUGGAGGAGGAGUGCACCAGGGCUACAUACAUUCCUAGGAACAAGCUUCAGUUCGCGGAGAUCACACUGCUCGUGGAUAUAGACAAAGCAGCAAUCUUUGGAAACGAUGGGAAUGAUCUUGGACUGGCGUUUCAGUGGAUGGGCAAUUCACGAGAGUCAAUGAAGGAGCUCUACCACCGUCUAUUGAACCCCCUGCUGAUGCAGACCUAUGGGUUCCUCAGCAGACAAGCGAAAUCCGUCCGAGUGGUCAUCUACAGCAUGAGAAGCUCGUUCUUCCUGUACGAGUCUGCAUUCCGAGAAACAGUCAUUCCUCUUCGUUGGGACUUGUCGUGGCACGAUGGGGCUCAAAUAUACCUCCCCCCGAAAUGCUUGACUGGGAAAAUGAUUCUGGACACUUAUUCAUCUCCAGUUGCUCUUCUUGAUGAGGAGAAGCAUGAUCUUGAAAGUGCUUUCGACCGUCUUCUUAUCACAAGGGAGGUCAUCCGCGAGGCGCUGAUGUUGACAUACGUGCCCACGAUGGUUCUUUCAGCCAAGAAGAAGAGCGUGUUUCAUACGGCGAAGCAUCUUGGGGCUAAUCUCGACUCAACUUUCUUGUGGGACGACAAUCCUUCGCUGUCGAAUGAUCCCAGGGUGUUCAGCAUAUCCCCAUACAGCGCAAUGACGGAAGAGAGCAAGAGUGUACUGACAACGUUUCUCGAGGAGCAUCUUCCUCUUGAAAGCCUGGAGCCGUCACUGAUAGAAUACAUGCUGGGUGCUGAUGAGCAAGACAGAGUUAUAGCGCGCAAUGCUGAAACAGGCAAGUUGGAAUUCCGAAUUCCAACUUUCGAUCCAGAGAUGUUCAACCCGCGUUUGCGGUUGCCGGAGAAAUUUGUGAACCGGUACACUAUUGGAGACAUGCAGAAUGUUCUGCAUAACUACCUUCAUACGGCGACUUCGUUUGAGCCUGAGUAA